AUGAAACCACUGACAACAAGAGGACUAUCGCAACGCCACGGGUUGCUCGCCGCGUUGCUGAGUUCGCUCGCCGCAGGAGCCGCCAUUGGCGCUCCCAGCGGCGGGGAGGUUCUCCGCCUCCUUGUUUUGGAGCGACAUGUUGACCUACAACGCCAUGUGGUACACCGCGGUUCCCACGGUGCACCAAAUCUUUGCCUCGCUUGCACCGAUCAUAAUGGAGCGGUUGGAGAGGCGUUUGGGGCACCGGUUUUGGAGGCCUAUGCUAUGAUGGAAGCAUCGCAUUUGAUGUCUACGAACCCAUUACCCAAAGAUGGGCCUCAUCGAGCUGGGUCAGUUGGAAAGCUCGUGGGCCAGGAAAUGGCGAUUUUAGAUGAGAAGGGUGAGAUUCUAAAGAAUGAAGUUAAAGGCGAGGUUUGUAUUAGAGGACCCAACGUGACCAAAGGGUAUAAAAAUAACCCUGAUGCAAAUAUUUCUGCGUUUCAAUACGGGUGGUUCCACACCGGUGAUAUUAGUUUUUUUUUUUUUAUUCGGAUGGAUAUUUGCACCUCGUGGGUCACAUCAAGGAGCUUAUUAACUGUGGAGGUUUAG